ACUAUUGCGCAUCUCUAACCACGCCUCGUCUUAACAUUCGCGGUCACGCUGCAUCCUCACGCAGUCGCAGCAGCAGCUGACAGCCUCUGGCUCUCCCUCGACACGGCCGUCCCAUGGGCCCCCUACUGCACUUCGAUACCCGACUCCCGGCCGUGAUCCCGUUCAACGCCGAUACUGACGCCGAGCGCCCUCCUUGACACUCUUUAGCCCACCUAUUCAUAAUGAUUCCGCGCCGCGAGGAGGAGGUUGAGCCUACGCCGGCGACGCCGCUCAGCCCGCGCAGUAGCACUACGUCCAACGACAGCCGCUUCCUAUACGACGAUGAUUUCCUCGAGAGCCCCGUACGCUCGCCGGCGAGCGACGUGAGCGUGUGGGACGAGGGCAAGAAGCCACACAGCAGGGUCCGACACGCCAUUGGCAUCGCGCUGCUGCUCGCCACCGUCUUCCUGUGGACCGCCUCGAACUUCCUAGCCAGUACCAUCUUCGCAGACUCGUCCUACGACAAGCCCUACUUCGUCACUUAUGUAAACACCGCCUUCUUCCUCAUCCCACUGAUUCCCAUGGCGCUGCACCACCUCUGGGCCGAGCGCCGCUCCACCACCGCCCCGCAGCCCCUCGCCGCAACCCUGCGCUCCUUCGUCCACCGCCGCGCCGGCAAAUGGACGCUCCUGCGCGACCACGAGACCCCCGCGCGCCGCCCCAGCAAGGCUUCCGAUCCCGAGGGCGCCGAGCUGCUCCUGGGCUCCUCGACCCACGGCUCCGUCCACGACCCGCAGGAACUGCACCCGGACGCGGGCCUCACGCUGCACGAGACGGCCAAGCUCGCGCUCGAGUUCUGCAUCCUGUGGUUCCUGGCCAACUACUUCGCGGCCGCGUGUCUAGCCCACACCACCGUGGCAUCUAGCACGAUCCUGGCCUCGACGUCGUCUAUCUGGACGCUCCUGUGCGGCGCGCUGCUGCGCGUCGAGCGCUUCACGCUGCGCAAGCUCGUCGGCGUCGCGGCCUCGCUCGCGGGCGUCGCGCUCAUCUCCUCCAUCGACGCCUCGGGCCAGUCCGACGCGGACCGCGGCUCGUUCCCGCACAAGGCGCCGCGCGAACUCGCGCUCGGCGACGCCAUGGCGUUUGGCUCCGCCGUGCUGUACGGCUUCUACGCCGUGCUGAUGAAGAAGCGCAUCGGCAGCGAGUCGCGCGUCAACAUGCCGCUGUUCUUCGGGCUCGUCGGGCUCGCCAACGUGCUCCUGCUCUGGCCGGGGCUCGUCGUGCUGCAUCUCACCCGCGUCGAGACCUUUGAACUACCCCCGACAAACAAGAUCCUGACCAUCGUGCUCGUCAACAGCGCGUCCUCGCUCGUCAGCGAUUUCUGCUGGGCGUACGCCAUGCUGCUCACCUCGCCGCUGGUCGUCUCCGUCGGGCUGAGCCUGACGAUCCCGCUCAGUCUGGUGGGUCAGAUGGUGCUGGAUGCGCAGUAUGCGUCGUGGCUGUACUGGGUCGGGGCGGCGAUCAUGGUGGUGAGUUUCCUGUUUAUUAAUCGCGAGGAGCGGAGGGACGAGGAGGAGGGCGUGGCUGGGGGGUAUACGGGGGUGGACGGGGGGCAGGGAGGGUUGGCGGGCGGAGAGGCGAGGGGGUUUGAUUCGAGGCGCAGCUCGAGGGCGAGUGUGCGGUGAGGUGACGCGAAGGGUGUUGGGUUGAGGGCGUUGAGCGGCAUUGCCGGUGUUUUGGGUUUCUUGUAUAUACACACACGCAUCCACACGGUUGUUGUAAA